GGUCUAGCUACAAAUCAGACAUGGGAAACGUAUAAAUGGAAUGUGCCCAUUUCCCCGCGUUCAGAAUUCUACGAGACGGCAACGGAAGCAGUUGUACAUUGAAUUUCAACAAAUAAACAAGUGAGCCAUGGCACGUACCAAGCAGACCGCCCGUAAAUCCACUGGUGGAAAAGCGCCUAGGAAACAGCUUGCCACAAAGGCUGCAAGGAAAAGUGCGCCAUCUACUGGUGGGGUGAAAAAGCCCCACAGAUACAGACCAGGUACAGUAGCUCUGAGAGAAAUCCGUCGGUACCAGAAAUCCACUGAGCUGCUGAUCAGAAAGCUGCCGUUCCAGCGACUUGUACGUGAGAUUGCCCAGGACUUCAAAACAGACCUCCGCUUUCAAAGUGCAGCUAUUGGUGCUCUGCAGGAAGCAAGUGAGGCAUACCUUGUUGGCUUGUUUGAGGACACCAACCUUUGUGCCAUCCAUGCCAAGAGGGUCACAAUCAUGCCCAAAGACAUCCAGCUGGCCAGGCGAAUCAGAGGCGAGCGUGCAUAAUAUGAACAUUUGAGCUCAAUCUUUGGAGGGUGGGUGGGUUAGGCAUGGCUGGGGCUGUGUUCUCUGAACUAAAUUACCAUGUUGUUAAUUUUGUACUGUCUCGUUGGUAGUAGGAUAAAGGCUUGUGAUUUUUAGUACAGAAGUAGCAAGUGUCAAGCAAAACAUUCCUAACCUUUUUCUCAGGUUUAGAAAGUUUGUAUUUGAAAUGUUUAUCCUAUACUUUAUCAUCUUGAUGUAGUAUGCAUGCGUCAUGUUUUUUAAUCGCAUUAUGGCCAUUUGUUGUAAAUAAAAUUUCCACUACCUCA